AUGGCUCAAAUGAACUGCCCAGCUCCUGUGGGAGUCAUGUACAGGAACAUGAGAUUUCUCAUUAUACACAAUCCAACCAAUGUGACCUUCAACAAAUGUAUAGAGAAACUUAAGAAGUACAGUAUAAGUACAGUAUGUGAAACAACUAAUGACAGGACUCUUGUGGAAAAAGAAGGCAUCCAUGGUCUUGAUCAGCCUUUUAAUGACAGUCACCACCAUCCACCGGACUGUUGAUGACUGUAGAGUCUUGUAAAAAUUAAGUUUCGGGAAGAACUUGGUUGUUGGGCUGCUGUUCAUUGUACUGCGGGCCUUGGGAGACCUCGGCCUGGGGCUUUAAACAACAAGCAACUUUUGUAUUUGGAGAAUUGUUGUCCUGAAAUGCGCUUCAAAGACUCCAACGGUCACAGAAACAACUGUUGCAUUCAAUAA